ACUGAGAGCCGGUUUUUUUUAGGGUUCAUUUUCAGUACCUUAACUUAAGCUGUUGAAGUUUCACUCCUAGGUUCAUGUGGUUUUUGGCGACUUCGCUGUCUUGAAAUGUAGCUAAGCUUUACAGCUGCUGACGUGUUUAACAGCUCCGUUUGCCCGUAUGUGUUAAAAUUAUUUAUUUUUCUUGAUUUGUGCUAGUAGCUACUUAGCUUCAGUUCAGUCAGUUGAAAGUGGACACGACGCCAUCUUGGAUUCGCAGCAUCACAGAUUUCACCAUGGUGGACAAGAAUAUAUACAUUGUUCAAGGUGAGAUAUGUGCUGUGGUUGGCGCAAUUAAGCGGAAUUCAAGAUGGAGUACCCACACUCCCUUGGAUGAAGAGCAAGACCCUCUACUCAACAGUUUUUGCCACUUGAAGGAGACACUCAACAAUAUUAAAGAGCUAUCAGAUGUGGAGCCGAAUGUGUUCCUACGGCCUUUCCUGGAGGUGGUGCGGUCUGAGGACACCACGGGACCUAUCACGGGCCUGGCGCUCACGUCUGUCAAUAAGUUCCUGUCCUAUGGGCUCAUAGAUGCCAACCAUGAAGGAGCAGCUGAGAGUAUUGAGAACAUGGCCGAUGCUGUGACACAUGCACGAUUUGUGGGAACAGACCCUGCCAGUGAUGAAGUAGUGCUCAUGAAAAUCCUACAGGUUCUGAGGACCCUUCUGCUCACGCCUGUGGGAGCUCACUUGACCAAUGAGUCUGUGUGUGAGAUCAUGCAGUCCUGCUUCCGCAUCUGCUUUGAGAUGAGACUAAGUGAGCUACUGAGGAAGUCAGCCGAGCACACUCUGGUGGACAUGGUGCAGCUGCUGUUCUCCAGACUGCCCCAGUUUAAAGAGGAAGCCAAAAGCUUUGUGGGUGCCAACAUGAAAAAGAUCCCAUCUUGUGUCCUGGACAAACACGGUCUUAUUUGUGCAGAGCAGCCUAUAAACACCAGUCAGAGGGGCUUAGAGAGGGCUUACAAUAUCUUGUGGAAAAACAAACGUGUGCAGCUCAAGAUGCGUGCAGGAGGGAUGAGUGAGUCUUCCAAAUGGAAGAAGCAGAAGCGUUCUCCACGGCCACCCCGACACAUGGUGCGCAGUGCCUCUGGUUUGACUGACACCUCCCAGCCACCCACUCUUAGUAAUAACCUUUCAGGUGGAGUUCCCUUCAUGGAGGAGCAGCCACCUGGUCUCCCUCUGUCUGACAGCGUGGCCUCCUCCAUCUCCAGCCCUGCUGCUGACAGUGGUCUCGAUGCCUCCUCCAAAGCCACAUCUAGGGAGGAUCUGACAGACCUGGAGCAGAGCAGCUCCACUGCCACCACGCCCUCCUCCGAGCCUGGUCGACUUGAAACACAGGGUGAAGCAGUGCAGGUUGAGCGUACCCAGUCAGCUUCAGUGGAGUCCAUCCCUGAGGUUCUGGAGGACAGAGACUCAUUGGCGGAACAGUCAGACACGGCCUCUGUGCAUGACAUGGACUAUGUUAACCCCCGUGGUGUUCGCUUCACACAGUCCACCCACAAAGAUGGUGCAGCCCUGAUCCCUUAUGGCCUGCCUUGCCUCCGAGAACUCUUCCGCUUUCUCAUCUCCCUCACCAAUCCACAUGAUCGCCACAACUCAGAUGUUAUGCUGCACAUGGGACUGCAGCUGCUGACUGUGGCCCUGGAGGCAGCGCACAUUGCCCCGUACCAGUCCCUGUUGUGCCUGGUCAAAGACGAACUCUGCAGGCACCUCUUCCAGUUGCUGAGUGUGGAUCGUAUAAAUUUAUAUGCUAGUUCGAUACGAGUGUGCUUCUUGCUUUUUGAAAGUAUGAGAGGACAUCUCAAGUUUCAGCUUGAGAUGUAUUUGAAGAAACUUAUGGACAUCAUUACCUCUGAAAAUGCCAAAAUGCCCUAUGAGAUGAAGGAGAUGGCCCUUGAGGCAAUCGUGCAGCUGUGGAGGAUCCCCAGCUUUGUCACGGAGCUCUACAUCAACUAUGACUGUGAUUACUACUGCUCCAACCUGUUUGAAGACCUCACCAAACUGCUCUCCAAGAAUGCCUUUCCUGUGUCAGGGCAGCUGUACACCACCCAUCUCCUCUCUCUGGAGGCCCUGCUCACUGUGAUUGACAGCAUAGAGGCUCACUGCCAGGCCAAAGUGCUCAACAGUGCUGACCAGUCAGAUGCGGUCACACCCGAGGUAGAGGGCACAGGCAGCAGGGGCACUGACACCGUCAUAGGAGAGAGACUUGCUAACACCACCUCCACUGUGAAGAAUGGCCCAGAGGUUGAGGAAAAGCCUGCGUGCCUCCCCACCAGUGGACACCUGAUGGCGGAGAGGAUGAGUUUGGGGAGGCAGGACCAGGAGGAAAUAGAGCUCGCUGACAAAAAAGCACCCAAGAAACCACAGCGGUUCUCCUGCUGUCUGCCAGACUCUCAGGAACUCAUAGAAAUCAAGAACAAAAAGAAGCUGCUGAUCACAGGGACAGAGCAGUUCAACCAGAAGCCUAAAAAAGGCAUUCAGUUCCUGCAAGAGAAGGGCCUGCUCAGCAGCCCCAUGGACAACAAUGAGGUAGCCCAGUGGCUUCGGGAGAACCCUCGCCUCGACAAGAAGAUGAUUGGGGAGUUCGUCAGUGAUCGUAAAAACAUGGAGCUCUUGGACAGCUUUGUCAACACUUUUACCUUUCAGGGCCUUCGGAUUGAUGAAGCAUUGCGUCUGUAUUUAGAGGCCUUCCGCUUACCUGGGGAGGCACCUGUCAUCCAGAGGCUCCUUGAGACCUUUACCAAUAACUGGCAUAAAGUGAACGGCUCCCCCUUCAUGACAGAUGAUGCUGGCUUUGCCCUGGCCUACGCUAUCAUUAUGCUCAACACUGAUCAGCACAAUCAUAAUGUCCGCAAACAGAACAUCCCAAUGACAGUGGAGCAAUUUAAGAAAAACCUGAAAGGGGUGAAUGGUUCAAAAGACUUUGAUCAGGACAUGUUGGAGGACAUCUACAAUGCAAUUAAGAAUGAGGAGAUAGUGAUGCCUGAAGAGCAGACAGGACUGGUGAAGGAGAACUACAUUUGGAGUGUGCUGCUGCAUCGGGGGGCCUCGCCAGAGGGAAUCUUCCUGCAUGUGCCUGCUGGUAGUUAUGACCAUGACCUCUUCACCAUGACAUGGGGUCCCACCAUUGCUGCCCUUUCCUAUGUAUUUGACAAGAGCCUAGAUGACACCAUUAUCCAGAAGGCCAUUGCAGGCUUCAGGAAAUGUGCCAUGAUAGCUGCUCAUUACGGAUUCAGUGAUGUGUUUGAUAACUUGAUCAUCUCUCUCUGCAAGUUUACAACACUAAGCAGUGAGUCGAUCGAGAACCUGCCAACUGUGUUUGGCAGCAACAGCAAAGCCCAGGUGGCUGCAAAGACAGUGUUCAGCCUUUCCCACCGGCAUGGGGACAUUCUCAGGGAGGGCUGGAAGAACAUCAUGGACUCUAUGUUGCAGCUAUUCAGGGCAGAGCUCCUGCCCAAGGUCAUGGUGGAGGUUGAGGACUUUGUUGAACCAAGCGGAAAAAUAUCCCUCCAGAGGGAAGAGACUCCAUCAAACCGGGGUGAGUCUGCAGUGCUCAGCUUUGUGAACUGGCUCACUUUGAGUGGAGCAGAGCAGUCUGGACUUAGAGGACCUUCCACUGAGAGCCAAGAGGCUAAGCAAGCAGCCAUUCUCUGCAUCAAGCAAUGUGACCCUGAGAAACUGAUCACAGAGAGCAAGUUCCUACAGCUAGAGUCUCUGCAAGAGUUGAUGAAAGCUCUCAUCUCAGUGACUCCAGAUGAGGAGACCUAUGAUGAAGAGGAUGCUGCAUUCUGCUUGGAGAUGCUGCUACGCAUUGUGCUGGAAAACAGGGAUCGUGUGUCGUGUGUAUGGCAAACUGUGCGUGAAUACCUGUACCACCUGUGUGUGCAUGAAACGGAGAGCUGUUUCCUGGUGGAGAGGGCUGUUGUGGGGCUCCUACGUUUGGCCAUCCGACUGCUUCGACGUGAGGACAUCAGCUCCCAGCGCCCCACUUCCCACUGGCAGGUGCUGCUGUCCCUACGUCUCCUGCUGAUGAUGAAGCCCCACGUAUUGUCACGGGUCAGCCGGGAGGUAGCCUAUGGUUUGCACGAGCUGCUAAAGACCAAUGCUGCUAACAUUCAUUGCAGUGACGACUGGUUCACCCUUUUCUCCCUGCUUGAAUGCAUUGGGGCUGGUGUCAAGCCCCCGGCCUCUCUGCAGGUCACCACUGGGCCUGAUAAUGACACGGGUGCCCAGUCAGACAGUGAACUGCCAUCCUACCACACAAGUGAGGUUAAUGUGGAUCGUGGCUAUACCUCUGACUCUGAGGUCUACACAGAGCAUGGCAAGUCCAGAAUGCCACGCUCCAUCACAGAUGUGGAUGUGGCCAACAGUGGCUGGCUUGUGGUUGGAAAAGAUGACCUGGAUGUCAGCAAACCAGUAGUCACCAAUCCUAAACCCCCAACCCCCCCUCUUGUAAACCAGUACAGCCUCACUGUAGGCCAGGACAUGGGCCUGCAUGACACCAAAUCUCUUAUUAAGUGUGUGGAGUCACUGUCCUUCAUUGUACGUGAUGCUGCACAUGUGACGCCUGAGAACUUUGAGCUGUGUGUCAAGACUAUCCGGGUGUUUGUGGAGGCAAGCCUGAAUGGAGGCUACAGGACCCACGAAAAGAAGAAGAGCCAUAAGUAUGAUGCCAAGUCUAGUCGUUUGCGCAAAAAGCCACGGGAAAAGGACGGGCUGUCACGGCGGGUCAAGGCAUCCAACCAGAGAGCCUCGCGGCCCCACAGUGAUGAUGAGGAGGAUGAGGGGGUGCCUGCCAGCUACCACACGGUGUCAUUACAGGUUAGUCAGGACCUGCUGGACCUUAUGCACACGCUACACACGCGGGCAGCCAGCAUCUACAGCUCUUGGGCAGAGGAGCAGCGCCAUCUCGAGGCUGCAGGCAGGAAGAUUGAGGCAAACUCUCAAGCGCUGUGGUCCAGCUGCUGGUGUCCACUGCUACAAGGGAUCGCCUGGCUGUGCUGCGAUGCACGGAGGCAAGUGCGCAUGCAGGCCCUCACUUACCUGCAGAGGGCGUUAUUGGUGCACGACUUGCAGACACUAGACGCUGUGGAGUGGGAAUCCUGCUUUAAUAAGGUGCUGUUCCCUCUGCUAACAAAACUGCUGGAAAACAUAAGCCCUGCAGAUGUGGGUGGCAUGGAAGAGACUCGGAUGAGGGCCUGCACCCUGCUCUCGAAGGUUUUUCUACAACACCUCUCACCUUUGUUGUCAUUGCCAACAUUUGCUGCCCUCUGGCUUACCAUUCUGGACUUCAUGGACAAGUACAUGCAUGCGGGAUCGAGUGACCUACUGCUGGAGGCCAUCCCAGAGUCCCUGAAGAACAUGCUCCUGGUGAUGGACACAGCUGGCAUCUUCCACAGCGCAGACUCGCGCACUGGCUACUCUGACCUGUGGGAGAUCACCUGGGAAAGGAUUGACUGUUUCCUGCCAAGACUUCGCGAGGAGCUUUUCAAGCAGGCAGCGAUGCCAGAACCUGUUUCCAGUGUGCCAGUGGAGAGUGUCGCACCUCCAGCUCCCUGCCCUGCCACCCCAGCACCAGUUGUUCCCACCGAGUCCAUGUGUCCCAGCAGGCCAGAGUCACCGCAAGAGCCCCACACUCCCAGUGCCAAUGGAACAGAGAGGUCUUCUCCAGUGCCGCACACCACCCCGCCAAUUCCUGUCCCGAUGAAGAUGAACCCCAGUGAGGUUCCAGCCACAAUCACCCAGUCCCCUCUCAUCCUGCAGCCCUUAGCCUCUCCACUGCAGGUGGGGGUUCCACCAAUGUCUCUGCCCAUCAUACUCAACCCUGCUCUCAUUGAAGCGACUUCCCCCGUACCUCUUCUACCUGGUCCCCGGGCCACUGAUUCUGGCGACACCCCUGAGGUAAAAUAAUACACCUGUU